AUGUUUAAAGAGAGUGAGAGAAGACGGAGAGACUUCAGAUCUGAAGACCACAGGUGCGAUAAUUUGGCAUUAAAAGGAAAAGCUAUCCAGUCAACCACAUAUUAUCACUGGGGAGCCGCAAACGCCAUCGACGGCAUCAGAUACGCUCCCGGUGAAGCCUCGUACUGCUCCAUCACACUAAACCAGCUCAGCCCGUGGUGGAGGCUGGACCUGCUGGAUUAUUACUACAUUAACAGAGUGACCAUCACCAACAGAGCAGACGGCUUUUCGGAGCGCAUGACCGGAGUAGAGAUCCGCAUCGGAAACUCCUUAGAAAAUAACGGCAACAACAAUCCCAGAUGUGCUGUCGUUUCUUCGCCUGUUCCAGCAGGUGGUACUGUCAGUUUCUUGUGCGGUGGAAUGGGCGGCCGUUACGUAAACAUGUUCCUUCCGAAAAUCCAGACUUUUCUCACGCUGUGUGAGGUGGAGGUUCAUGGAACAGCUUAUAGGAAAAAAUUGUAUCUGAGGAUGAAAUUAGCCUCCAGUGUUGAUGCAUCUGCAGUGAACAACACAUUUCUGCAUCAGCUGCAGUCUGCUCUGGGGUUAAGUUUGGUCUCUGAUGUAAAACUGUCCUGGACGAGACUCCCGCAUCAGGAAGUAACGCAUGAGGAAAAAAAAAACAAGAAGGUUUUGUGCUGAUAAACAUUAAUCUGGAUGCAGAGACAAACUUUUUCAAGCAGACAUUUAUUUCUUUAUUUUUUUAUGGAUUUAUUGAUUGAGUUAUGUAAUUGUUCUUGCUUUAUACUCAUUAUCCUGACAUGGUUCACAUAACUGGAUGAAUCAUUCCAUUUAAAUCUGCAUAAGUAAGUAGUUAAAUGUAUCCACGUACAUAUAGUAUGUGCAUCAUAGUUUCACUUUAUCAAUGAACACCUGGUCAUUUCAUCAAUAUAGCAGUUCAUCUGAAAGAUAAUUCAAAUGAUUUUCAUUCAAUGAUAACUGCUGACAAUAUAAUUAAAUUUUUAUUUGUGUAUCCUGCCGUUAACUUCUUACAGUACAAUGUUCAUUAAGGCAAUUAGCAACUUGAGGCACCAGUAUUGAUGUCCAAGAAUGAUUUUACUACACUGUAUAUAAUUAUCCAGUAUACAACCACAAUAUGACCAUAACCAUUUUUUUUUUUUUAACUCUGAACACCCGAUAUAUGUAUGUUGCUGUGCUGACAACUGAAAAGACUUUCCUGAAGGACUCUCUAUGUCUGAAAUUAUAAGCACUUAAAAACAAAUAAUUACGCAGUUGAGAUGACAGCAUGAGCUAUUUAUGAAGAUAAUGACAAAUGCCUGAUCUAAGUGUGAUAUUAAGCAAAAACAAGAGUGAAGAUCUUACCACACAGCCAGAUAAAUAAUGAAAAACACACCAAUCGCUAAAAACAAUGUUACAUUUAAGCACAAUUUAUAUUAAAAAUUAAAUAUGCAUUAAGUA